GGGAUAAGAAAAAUAUAACCACACAUUACCAUUAAGCCAUAUUCAUUCAAGAAAGAAGAGAGAGAGAUGGAGACCACUUCCCUCUCUUCAAACUCACCUUCCCUCAUCAAUAUCAUUCUCACUAGACGUUCAUUUUCACUACCAUCUAUCAGACACAACCAUUUCCUCCCACCUCAACCUCACAGUUCCCUCACUUUUCACUCCAUCAUCACCUGCAGCAGCAGCAGUAGUAACACUGACACGAACAACGAUGAAACAGACUCAGUUCAAGCACCAACAGAUGAACAACCAGUUGAACUAAGGAUACGGAGAAGAUCGCGAAGACAAGCCAGACGACAGAGAGAGAAUGGAGCUGUUUCAAAUGGUAUGCAGCAAGCCAGUAAGGUGAAGGCUGCUCCUAAGAAAUGGGAGGAGAUGAGUUUAACUGAGAAGGCAAUUGAGCUUUAUGUUGGAGAGAAAGGUGCUCUCUUUUGGCUUAAUAAAUUUGCAUAUGCUUCAAUCUUUAUCAUGAUUGGAGCUUGGAUACUGUUUAGGUUUGUGGGUCCUGCACUUGAUAUUUAUCAGCUGGAUUCACCUCUACUGUCACCUGGUGAUGUACUGAAGGGAUCUUCCUGAUCUCAAAUUUUGAAUUUCAUGAAACCAUUGAGAAUUUGGUUUGUCUUUUAUCACUGUGCAUACAAAAGAUUGGGUGUAAUUUGAAUGUAUGUACAAUACUACAACUAUUUAUGAGCAUAAACAAUGAUUUUUGUUAAAUGAGAGAUGCAAUGAUAAUACCUUUAGUUUUCUUCUUUUUA